AUGGCUUUCCARCCUUAUACCCCCAAGCCCGUAACCGACAUCUUCACAGCCGAUACAGACAUCAACCGUCGAGAAUGCCGUCGAGUCGUCCCAAUGCGAGUUCUCGCUCUGGGAUUGGGACGUACGGGUACAGCAUCCCUCCGAACAGCAUUGAAGACUCUGGGCUUCGACGACUGCUACCACAUGAUGUCCGCGUCCGUCGAGAAUCCUCCCGACUGUCUGAUGUGGUCCGACGCUCUUGCCGCCAAAUACGACGGCAAAGGCCAAUUCGGCCGUGAACAGUGGGAUCAGCUUACGGGACACUGCCAAGCCAUUUGCGAUUGGCCGGCUGUGGCUUUUGCGAAAGAGUUGAUCAAGGCAUACCCGGAGGCCAAGGUCAUCAUCACUACGAGGGAUGUGGAUAGUUGGCAUGCGAGUACGAUGAAGACGGUACAUUGGCGUGCGACGGAGCCGGAACUCAAAUUGGUGUCCAAGUUUGAUUGGGGUGCUGGUCUUUACCAGCCCAUGCUUUCCAAAUUCUGGACGGAAUUCUGGGAGGGUGACUUUGAGAAGAAUGGCAAGCGUCGUUUCAACGAGUACUACCAGGAAAUCCGCGACCUGGUCCCCAAAGAGAACUUGCUGGAGUACAAGAUGGGCGAAGGCUGGCAACCACUUUGUGAAUUCCUCGAGGUCCCGGUACCGGAGAAGAUGAAGUUCCCUCGCACCAACGACACGGAUGGAUUUGUUGAUCGCUGCCGACGACGGAACCGCAUGCAGAUGAUGAAUGUUCUGUUCCGUGCUACCGUGGUUGGUGGAUCCAUGGCAGCAAUCUUCUUCAGCGCCAGCAUGACCAUUCGAAAACUGUUCGGUAGCCGGGGAAGUGUCUUGGCUUAG